GCAUUGGAUGCUUUUACGAACCUUUCCGGGAGCUCUUGCUCGGUGGUGUGUCCGUGGGAAGAAGUUCUGCGGUUGCACCAGGUUUUUCCGAGAUUUUUUACGAAAUUAAAUACGAAUUACGAGUUAAUCAACAGGCGUAUUAAUGUUCUCUCGUAACUCUUAAGCAGUUACGAUUGAACAAACGAAUGUUCUUUUUCGAUAUUUUUAACGGGGAAUCGGUCGCGAGAGAAUCCGACAAGCACUGGUCACAACACGAACGAAGCUUUAAUUUUCAUCGAUCGAUUUGACUGAUUUUUGAGAUCCAGUCACCGAAAACUUCCAUCAUUCCGUCAAAAACCGAGUGCCGACCCGCAGGGUGGCGAUCAUUUGAUAAGGGUUCUAUCUGCAAUAGACUGGUAGGCCAGUCUAUUGGUGGGUGCGUAGAUAACUGCGGCAACUGGAAGUUGGCCCUGAACGCAGAGCCCCCGUGGCUUUGCUAGCACCCCCAUAGUGAUUUUGUCUUAACCCGCCUCCUCACGACUCACCCAAUUCUCAUUGACAGCUGCCUCUUUGCUGCCUAGCGCCUACAGAGUAUCUUUCAAAAACUUAAAAACAAUAAAAUAAAUAAUAUGAAGGUAACAAAUCUGGACGAACGUAUUCAUGUCUUGGACAGUGCGUCAAAUGUUACGACCGUCAUCAAAGAUAUUGCAUUGAGUGGAUUGCAAGAAGAAGCUUUUUAUGUGCUUGAUAUUGGAGAUGUCGUACGUAAACAUCAAAUAUGGAAGGAAAAAAUGCCACGCGUCAGCCCUUAUUAUGCUGUAAAAUGUAAUGAUAAUUUAAUUGUAAUUGAAGUACUGGCUGCUCUUGGUAUUGGUUUUGAUUGUGCAUCCAAAUCUGAGAUUAACAAAGUAUUAAGUGUUGGAGUAGAUCCGUCAAGAAUUAUCUUCGCCAAUCCAGCUAAACCAGCAUCACAUAUCCGUCAUUCUGCUGCUGUUGGUGUCGAUGUUAUGACGGCAGAUAAUGAAAGCGAGUUACAUAAAAUUAAAAAACUUCAUCCAACUGCUAAGGUUGUUAUUAGAAUUCGUUGUGAUGCUGAAGUUGCUCAGUGUCAAUUAGGUAUGAAAUUUGGUUGUGAUCCUAUAUUUGAAGCACCCAAUCUUUUGCGCCUUUCACGUGUAUUAGGACUCAAUAUCAUUGGUAUUAGUUUUCAUGUUGGAUCUGGCUGUCAAGAUCCACCAGUAUUUUAUCGAGCUAUACGCCAUUCUAAAAUAUUAUUUGAUUUAGCAACAGAUCUUGGUUUUAAACCAUAUUUGUUAGAUAUUGGAGGUGGUUAUCCUGGAAAUAAAGGUUCUAGUAUUGAUAAAAUUGCUGAUGUUGUUAAUGAAGCACUUGAUGAAUAUUUUAAUACUGAUGCUGUUCAUGUAAUUGCUGAACCUGGCCGUUUUUAUGUUGCCUCGGCAUUUACACUUGCAACCAGCAUUCAUAGUAAACGUUCAGUACGUGGUGAUGAAAAUUCACCAAAUACAAUUACGCACAAUAUGUAUUAUAUUAAUGAUGGUGUUUAUGGUUCUUUCAAUUGUUUACUUUAUGAUCAUCAACAUGUAAUUCCAAUACCUCUAAAAAAAGGUUGUGGAAAGAUGAUUCCCUCAAGUAUUUGGGGACCAACCUGUGAUGGUUUGGAUCAAGUUGUUGAAAAUGUUCUAUUACACGAAAUGGAUCUUGGAGAUUGGAUAAUUUUUGAAAACAUGGGAGCAUAUACAUUACCAGUUGCUUCUCCAUUCAAUGGAUUCCCUGUACCAAAAGUUCAUAUUGUUGCUGAUGAAAAUAUUUGGCAUUUAUUAAAAGAUGCUUUGCCUUUGACUGAAGAACAUUUUGUUAUUGGCAAUACUCCAGCUAAUUUACGACUUGGUUUGGAUAUCGGUGGAACUGACACUAAUGCAUGGCAUAAUUCAAAUAUUGAAUUGACAUCAACUCAAAUUUUAGCUGAUGUUACUAAUCCACCAUCAUCAUACUUUUAUGAUUAUCUUGAAGUUGAUCUUUAAUGCAUAUAUAUUAUAAUAACAACUUGUUGAAACAAUUAUUCGAUAUUUCUAAUGAGAAACCACAUUUUCAUUUCUCAUAUAGAAUCUUAUGACAUAACUUGAGAAAUAACUAUUUUUUUUAAGUUUUUGUGUUGAGAUUAUGUAUUUUAUAAUAUUUAUCUUGAUUAGUUUAAAAACCACAAAAUGUAAUAUAUACGCUUUUAUCCCAUUUAAAACUGGCAACAUUACUAAUAUUUGAUGCCAUAAUUGAAAAAUUUUGUUUUUUUUUUUUUUUUCAUAAAAAAAUUAAGAACGUGCAAAUUAUUU